AGUUGACAACCGCUCUUCGUGCGCGACGGACGUCUUUUGCAACGCAUUGUCUCGUAGCUCUACUUGCAUCGAUGCAAGAUGGCACAAUUCAGAAAAAACACGUUGGUAGUGGAUUUCGGUGUCUUGCCAAAUCGACCCGCUUUGGAGAAAGUGGAGGAGUUCCUCAAGCAUUAUAUCAAACUUGAUAUGGCUGAUGUAAGGAGCAUUCAGAUCCACAACAUUAAAAACUGCUUGUUCAUCGAGAUGAACGAUCCUGGAGUAGCCCCGCGGCUACAAAAGCUUCAUCACCUGCGACACUGCUUUGUACUAGAAGGAGUAAAAUAUUACAUCCCGGUAUACGUGGAUGGCCCUACAACGACGGUGAGGAUUCACGAUCUUCCGCCUCAAAUGUGCAACGAUACCAUCGCCGACCAUUUGCAGCAAUACGGGAGAGUAAUCUCUAUCUACAAUGAAUUGUGGAAGAAUUUCUUCUCGGGAGUACCGAACGGUGUGCGUGUUGUCCGGAUGAGGUUGGAUAAACCGAUACCGUCGCACAUCGUUGUGAACAACCACAGCACGUACGUCAGCUACCCUAACAAUAGCGAUAAGUCAGCAUCCCAGAGAACAAAACAGCAGCAACAAAAACCAUCAUCCAGCUCGGCUAAGGUGCAGAAGCAGUGCGAUUCAAUUGAACCUGCAGCGGUUAGACCUGACGGCGGCGAUGAUGACGAUGACGAAAACAACGACUCCAAUAACGAAUGUGAGAACGGAAAGGAUGAUACCCCGGAGACUGAUUCUGCGAAGCGGCGGUUGUCAACCGAGUCAACCAAUGGAACGGAAGAUGAAAAUAUAGCCAAGCGAUCAUGCAAUGAAAGUGCUCCGAAUUCCGAUUCGACGUGGAAAGUUAUCACAAGAUCGAAGAAGAAAAUGAUGUUAUAGUUACAAUUGUAUUUGAAAUUAUCCGACGCGAAUGCACUUUAGGUGUAAAGUGUCUUUAAUAAAUAAUAAUAAU